GCACUUGUCAGCUUACUGUCCACAGAAGCUACGACCUUCUCCGGGACUCGAGGGUCGUGUCAGAAAGUGUACUUGAGCGGAUCCGGGGUCCGGACGAGAGCUCCAUCGCCGCAGUGUGCUGUACUGGGAUCGCCCUACGACCUCGGUACCGCCGUCGUCGUCGUCGUCGUGCAGCAGCGAAGGCUCUCGUGGAGCUGAGAUACUUUCUGUGGAUCAAAUUAUUCUUGUGGGUGGCAGAUGAAUGUGUGUGUUUUGUGUGUGCGUCACGUUGCGCGGAGCGUGGAGAUUGGAGCUGGCGAGAGGCUACGGGAGGCAGGCGGGCCGUGCACCUUGACGUCCUCGCAAGAGAGCGAUGAUGCCACGGUCGCUGCUGCUGCUGCUGCUGCAGCACCAAGGCCUCUGCUGCUUCGGAUGGGUAGGGGUUUUCGGAGGAUUGAUGCGUGAUUCCGGGGGUGGCGUCGAGGAUUCAUGAGCAGCUCCGGCUCCUUCUCGUGAGUGAGUGAGUGAGAGAGAGAGAGAGAGCGAGUGAGGGAGAGGGAGCCCGACACCGAGGGAGGGAGGGAGGGAGGGAGGGAGGAAGGGAGCGACGAUGGCGUUACGAUGUGGCCCUUCCGCUCCACUCUCCCAGAGUUCAGGAUGGUGGGCCGAGCCCUGUGGGUUAGAAUUCUCCCGCUGGCGGUCACCUCCUCCUUCGUCUUGCUUUCUCUCUCCCACUUCUGCAAUUCUUGCCAUUCCAACGAUUCGUCGUCGCAGCUUGCGAUCGUCUCCUCUCGAAUCGCAAGUGAGGGAGGGGCCUAGCCGAUUUCCACCCUGUCAACUAUUGGUCCGGACUCCCCAGAAAGCAUUCUUUCCAAGGAGAAGAGAUGUUGUCGAAGCAGCAGCAGCUGCUGGAGAGAAGCCGGACUCUGCACCGAAGCAGGUGCAGCUCAGCGGUGCAAAGCCAAUCCCUCUGCUGCUUUCGGUGUCCCUCGGUCUGGCGUUCAGAUUCCUCGUCCCGAGACCCGUUUCUGUGACGCCUCAGGCAUGGCAGCUCUUCGCCAUUUUUUUGUCGACGAUCUCGGGGCUUGUCUUUGCUCCUCUGCCGGUGGGAGCAUGGGCGUUCCUGGGGCUGACGGUCACUGUCCUCACCAAGACCCUCCCGUUUUCCGUGGCAUUCCACGCGUUCACGAACGAGGUGCUCUGGCUGAUUGUGAUCUCCUUCUUCUUUGCCAGGGGAUUUGUGAAGACUGGGCUCGGAGAUCGUGUGGCAACUUAUUUUGUGAAAUGGUUUGGGAAGAGUACUCUGGGAUUGUCGUAUGGUCUAACUCUGGCCGAGGCUCUCAUCUGUCCGGCGAUGCCCAGUACAACAGCACGAGCUGGAGGCAUCUUUUUGCCCAUUAUCUCAUCCCUGGCCAUUCAAGCCGGAAGCAAACCGAGGGACAAAAGCUCUUCCAAGCUGGGAGGAUUUCUGAUCCAGUGUCAACUGCAGGCAGCAGGCCAUUCCAGUGCCUUGUUUCUGACCGGGAGUGCUCAGAAUCUUCUCUGCCUGAAUCUGGCCAAAGAGUUGGGCGUCAUUAUCGCUAACCCCUGGAUGACCUGGUUCAAAGCUGCGAGCGUGCCAGCAAUAUUUGCCCUCCUCACCACUCCCCUUCUCAUGUACAAAAUUUUCCCUCCAGAUUUGAAGCAAAUCCCCAACGCCCCUAUGAUGGCUCAGAAGAAAUUGGAAGAGUUGGGCCCCGUCUCGAGAAAUGAAUGGAUCAUGUUGGCAACAAUGCUGCUGGCGGUGAUCCUCUGGUCUCUCGGUGAUAUCAUCGGAGUUGCGAGCGGUGUCGCGGCCAUGGUCGGGUUGUCCGUCUUGCUCCUCACUGGGGUGCUGAAAUGGGACGAUUGCCUUGCCGAGAAGGCGGCUUGGGAUACCCUCACGUGGUUUGCAGUGCUUGUGAGCAUGGCUAGUCAAUUGACCAAAUUGGGAUUCAUACGCUACUUGACUGGAAUCGUUCAGGGGACGCUCUCCCAGUACUCUCUCAGUUGGCCUGCCACCUUUGCAAUUCUGCAGACGGCAUACUUCUUUUCUCACUACCUCUUCGCCAGUCAGAUAGGCCAUGUUAGUGCCUUGUUCUCAGCUAUCAUGGCCAUGCAGAUUGCUGCUGGCGUGCCUCCCGUGCUCGCAACCCUUGCCUUGGCUUUCAAUACCAAUCUCUCUGGAGCGCUCACUCAUUACAGCAGCGCCAAGGCAGCCGUUUACUAUGGAGCGGGCUUCGUGGAGUUGUCCGAUGUUUGCAGGCUGGGAGCUGUGUUUGCCGUGAAGAACUUGCUUGUGUGGGCAGUCGUGGGAAUGCCUUGGUGGAAGUACCUUGGGCUGUACUGAAAGAGGUUCGCUGCAAGCGUGGAGUCUCUCUUCCGUGCUACCGUUUUGAUCUCCUGAUUUUUUGGUACUCGAGCAAGUACCCGUCGAGAAGAAAGAUAGGCGAUUUUUUGGCCUCCUCGAACAGGAGCCCAACUGACAUAGCUCGUAGAUCACACUGUCACAUCUGUCCUCGAUCAGACGAGAAAUUCACUAGAGUGUACUCUGUAUUAUAGUGUAGAACUUAAUUCUUCAUUCGGAUUCACUCGUCAGGAGUAGAACAUGCCGCACAGACAGAAAUCUGUGGUUCUGUGUUCAGGCACUAGAAGGAGUAGCUAGCUAGCUAGUAAUCAGAUAUCGUUCGAAAUCACGAAAAGCCAAGGACUGCUGCGGGGAGCGGGCAGAACAGGCAGAGGUUCGAAAUGAGCAUGCGUGUGGUUAAUCUUGAAAAUUCUUUCACAUUCUGAAGUACGCACAUUCUGCCAGAGAAUUGGAAUUGAUUGGACUACAUUGCUCAUAGGACCCAUGGUCGAAUGUUAAUCUAUCCGACACAGCGGGCUUCACCGAUCAUAACAGCAUCGAACUAAUUCUUGCUACAUGACUGCGGUGUUGGUCAACCUGCUCUCAGUGCACUGAGUGCAAUCCGAGCCCAUCAGUCUUGUAGGCAUUCGACGAACACCAUAAUUGCCGAUUUCGUAGGAGGUCGUGUCUGGUGCACAGUACGUCAUUCUUCUGCGAAACGGGAACCUCCGUCGACAUAGCUCUCGUGUUCUCAGAAUGCCCUCACGAACUGGCACCUGGAAUCCGAGAGUCGAUUGUCUCCGGAAAUGUCUCCGGAGUCAUCAUCUUUCGCAAUGCUCCG